UAAUAUGAAAAAUAUUAGACUUUCGAAUUCUCGUCCCUGUCCUCACCUCAUCUAAUUCUCCGUUUGGGGGAGUCCCCGUGAUUCCAACGGCAAAACCAACGCCGAAGCAGGAAAGAACGACAAUAGAAGAAAGCAUAUACUAACCCUAAAAAUAGCAAUGGCGCAAAAAAGGCCUAAGCGGAAAGCGAAAACGUUCUUCUGAUCAUCCAUUCCAACAGAACGAUAAAAUUGCACAAGGCCUCGGACCCACCAAGCGCGUCUGUACUGCCCCGAUCGUCCCAAUCUCCGAACAUAUUCGAGGAAGAAGAAUUGAGAAGAUUAACGGUAUUCUUCGCAAUUACGAAUUCCAUUAUUUCAUCGAAUAAGCGUUUUUCUUCAAUUUGGCCGUUGAAGAGUACGUGCAGUGCUACUCUGCUGCAACGACAGAGGAUGAUGUUGAAAACAGCAAAACGACAUGUCGUCACGUGCCUCAUCGAUAACACUUCGCGACUUGUGUGUUGUGGUGCGGAUCAGUUGUUUGAGAAAAGGUGUAAGCAUAUUUAUUAGAAGACAAGACAUGAACCCUAGGCCACUGGCGCCAUUGGUUAGGAUGGCUGCAGUUAUCUUCGGUGGAGUAGUCACUCUCAACUUGACUUCCACUGUUACCAUUAAAUUGCUUCGCUUUGCGUCUGAGAAGAAACGGGAAAAAGUUGCGUUGCCGUGUAGGGCUUGUAGAGGGAAGGGGUUUUAUAUAUGCAAACUGUGCAAUGGGAAUGCCACCAUAGCUUGGUCACCCAUGUUCGACCCUAUUGCAAUUAACCCCUGCGUUUGUCCUACUUGCGAAGGAAACAGGUCUGCUUUCGUUUUGUUCUGCUUCAUUUUAUGCCUAGUUCGAUAUUCGAUGGGGAUUUCAAAAUUGGGGUAUGCUUUCGGAGAAAAUGUUAGAUGUGGUUCAACGUUGUUUGAACUGUCUGGGAAAAGGUUAUGACUGACUAUUGUGAGAUUGUGAGAUGGAUAGUGCUGCAUUUAUUUUGUUCCUUUAUGUGAUGGAUGAUGAUUAAGCAAGUGACUUGAUCAAGAUUAUUUUGAGUUCUGAGAGCUUCCACACAAUUACCAUUUUUCUGCUCUUCCCUGGUUCUGUAAUAAAUCUUGGCCUACAAAAAUGUGGAAACAUCGCAACCUUUUCUGUGGCUUGGCGGUGCUCCUUGGUGAUGCUGACGGGAUUUAAACUUAAUUUGCCUGUAGAGUGGCUUUCAUCACUAGCUUACAAUUAUAACUUUAAGUAUAUCAUAAUUUUUCAUGUUUUUGUUUUUGUUAUAGCUUACAGAAGUGGGUUGCUUUUUGUUUACACAUCAUGUCAGGUUAAGUUGUGUAAGAAAAUAAAAUUUCUAGUAUGGACAUGAAGUUGCAGUGAACAAUAGUCUUUGAAGAAGUAUAAGUUAAGGACCGGAAAAGUUGAACUCAUAAAUCUUAACAAGGCUGUCAGCCAAUGCAUUUUAGCAACGGAAGAUAUGACUUUAGGAGAGCAUAUAUGUACUGAACAAGAUUAUUUUGUGAACCUCAAUCCUUUGUUCUGGUAAUGUACUCCUUAUCAUCAAAGAAUUUGUAAUUGCUUCUCCA